GCCCCCGCGGGGUGCGACCCCUCGGAAGGGCCCCCGGAACCGCCGUAGGAAGGCGGAGAGGGCACCGGGAUCGGCACCGGAACGGGAGCGGGGCGGCGGGACGACCCCCCUUGCAGCUCGCUGGUUGCAACCGGGGAAUCCUGCCGGGAUCCGCAGCGCUCCCGGGUCUCCCCAGCCCCACCGGGACCACCGGGGUCCCAAGGCCUGCCGGGUCCCACCAACCCUACCAGGACCCCCGGGGUCCCGAACCCUGCUGGGACCCGCUAACUGCACGGAGCCCCGCGGAGCAGCCGCUGCCCCGGGGGUCGCAGCCGGGACCGUCUCUUGUAAAGUCCCACUUUGCCGCACCGUCCCGGGGUCCCGGGCCCGCAGACGGGGCACCCCAGGACUCUCACCCCGUCCACCCCUGUCCCCACACGCUGGCCUUCCCUCCGAGCUUCGGGAGACCCCAGCGGGUACCCUGGCAGUGGGUGACCCCAGUGCUGGGGGGCUCGGAGCGGACCCCCCUGCCCGGAGCCCGCCGGUGACGUAGAGCCCAGCGGUGGUUUCCCAACCGGGAAGUCAUUUUGCUUGUGCCGGCAGGGCCGGGCCCAAAGCCACCCUGCCCGGGCCCACCGAGCUGCCCAGGCUGUGCUGCCCCGACCAGGUGUCCCCAUGGAGUGACCCUGCACAGGGGUCCCGGCAGCUGUGCCAGCACGGGGGGACGCUGGCUGCCACCACCGCGAGCAUGAGCGACUUCUGGCACAAGCUGGGCUGCUGCGUCGUGGAGAAGCCCCAGCCCAAGAAAAGGAGGAGACGGAUUGACCGCUCCAUGAUCGGGGAGCCCAUGAACUUCGUGCACCUGACACACAUCGGCUCUGGAGACAUGGCUGCAGGAGAGGGGCUGCCCAUGACUGGUGCUGUCCAGGAGAUGAGGUCCAAGGGGGGCCGGGAGCGACAGUGGAGCAACUCCCAUGUGUUGUAGCGUAUUCCUGGCUUUUUCAGCCCAAACUUGAACUGCCUGAUCCCCCCCCGCUGGAGGAGAAGCCGACCUCGAGUGCUUUAACCCUGCGGUAUUUAUGCAGCACCAUCCUCACCCAGCUCCCGGUGACUUUGGGUCGUCGUCCCUCUGGAAAAUCCCUCCUUCCCAGAGGCCCUGGCCAGUGACAUGGGGAGGGAGCAGGGACAGCAGCCCCCAUCUCCUGCCCCGCCUGGAAAGGACACAGCCACCCCCCUGAAACAUGCCAGGAGCUGCCAGGCGCAGCCCAGGUGUCCCAAAUCCUCCCAGUUUUCCCUUUUCCCACUCCUGUGUCUCCCAUGGGCUGCAUGGUGGUGCCUCAGUUCCCCAGGGAAUCAGUCAUGGUGCAGAGGCAGAUUUGAUGCCUCCCAGAACAUCACAGAGGAGCAAAACCAGGAUUAAGCCCUGAUAUUCUGGUGCCAAACCAGAAUUAAACCCAAGAUGUUCUGGUGUCAAACCAGGAUUCGAUGUCAAACCGGGAUUAAACCCCAAUUCUUCGGAGCAAAACCGGGAUUAAACCCUGAUGCUUCGGUGCCAAACCAGGAUCCAGCCCCAAUGCUCAGGUGUCUCAGCGUCACCGAGCCCACAGUGCCUCCAGCCGGCAUUCCCACCACCGCCAAACUCCCACCUCCCUCCUUUUUUUUAGGAUCUCUUCUUAUUUUUAAGCUCCAAAACCCACCUGAGCAGCCUCCGUGGCCUCGGGCAGGACCAUGGCGGGGUCCCCUCCACCCGGGAUUGUCCCCAAGGCCGGACAGGGCCUGACCCGAGAAGGGCUCCGGAAUUCAGGCGCGGGUGUACAUAGUUUAAUUAGCGCCAGGAUUAAAUAUUAAAUAGCAUGUGCUGGGUGA